AUGAAACUCCUUCAGAGUGUUCAAUUUGCAUUAACAGUGCGUGUAGAGUCGAUUGCAGCCUUCACAGAUUCUACAAUAGUAUUGUGUUGGUUGUCAUCGGAGCCCAAAAGGUGGCAAAUUUUUGUGGCAAACAGAGUGUCAAAAAUUCAAAAUAUUUUACCUCGUGAAAAUUGGUUUCAUGUGCCAUCUGCCCUCAAUCCCGCUGAUCUUACAUCAAGAGGAUUGAGCCCAAGCAAGCUGAAGGACAAUAUUUUGUGGUGGAGUGGCCCAAAUACAAAGGAACUUCAGGAGAAACGUGAAAUUCCCAGUGUUCAAGUGUCAGAGGUUGAAUUAGAGCAGAAAGUCGUUUGUGCACUGACCAGUCGAAAUAGUUUUUGGACAAUCAUCAACAAAUUUUCAUCACACUCAAAAAUGAUCAGGAGUUUGUCAAUCUGGCGUCGAUAUUUCCACAAUCUCCGUUCUCGUAUCCAUGGCGAGGACAUCAUUUGUGGCCCAUUAACCUCCCAAGAACUCACUGACACCAACAUUCAAGUAAUUCGUGCCAUUCAAGCUGAAUGCUUUGCUGAUGACAUCAGACGUCUAAAAGGGAAACAAAAGCUGUCAAACACUUCUCGAAUCAAAGAUUUGUGUCCAUACAUAGAUGAGCUAGACAUUCUACGUGUGGAGGGCAGAAUUGAGAAUGCACAAAUCUCAUCUUCUCAGAAACAUCCUGCAAUAUUGCCAAAUAAACAUACAUUUUCAAAGCUUAUUGCAGACAGGGUGCACCGUGAAACCUGCCAUGGAGGUCCGCAGCUCAUGCUUUACACGAUCAGACAGGAAUAUUGGCCUCUCACAGAGGACUGGACGUUGCAAAAGCUGCUCGUCGUAGAUGCGUCAGGUGUUUUCGAUGCCACCCACAACCCAUGCAGCAAAUUAUGGGAAAUUUGCCUCCCUAUAGACUACGAUUCACAAGAGCAUUUGACAAAGUGGGAGUAG